AGAGAUAGUGAGGGAAACACGCCAUUAGCCUAUGCUGCAGCUUGUGGACAGAUAGAGGCUGUAAAUUGCCUUCUUGAACAUGGAGCAGAUCCAUCACUGAAAGGGCAAGAUGGAUGGAGCCUUCUCCAUUUUGCUGCUCAGUCUGGCAAUGUCACCAUCAUUGACACCAUGCUUUCUAAAGGUCUUAAUAUUGAUUCUAGAGGCGAAACUAGAGGUUUAACCCCAUUAUUGGUUUCCCUUAAAAAUGACAAAUUGGAGGCAGCAAAGCACUUAAUUGUGAAGGGUGCUAAUGUAUCUUUGAAAUUCAAAGCAGAGAUGAAUGCUUUGUCAAUUGCAGCCAUAACUGGUUCUGUUGCAGCCAUUAAAAUGCUGCUUCCACAUGGUUUUUACAUUGAUUCUAGAGAUGCUGAUGGAAACACGCCAUCAUUGAUGGCUGCAAAGUGUGGAAAUACAGAGGCUCUAAACUAUCUUCUGGCUAAAGGUGCAGAUCCAUUACUUCAAAAUAAUAACGAAUUUGGUCUCCUCCAUUUAGCUGCUCUUUCUAACAAUGUUGCCACUAUUGAGGCAGUGCUCUCUAAAAAAAAGUUUGACAUAAAUGUUAGAGGUAGUUGCAUGAGUUUAACACCACUACUGGCUUGCCUGAAUAUGGGCAAUUUGGAGGCUGCUAACUAUCUGCUCAAAAGAGGUGCUGAUGAACACAUCAAAGGCAAGGAAGGGUUGACUGCUUUGUCUGUAGCAGCAAGAAGUGGUAAUGUUGCAGCCAUUGAGAUGCUGGUUAACCGUGGUCAUGACCCUAAUUCCAGGGAUGGUUGUGAUAAGACCCCCAUAAUGUGGGCUGUGGAAUCAGGAAACCGAGCUGCUGUAGAAUAUCUUCUUCGUCUCACACACGAGGGUCUGUUGCCGACAACAGAUUAGAGGCCCCAGAGGCUCACACUUUUAUGAAUACUUGCACAGGUGCAAUUAGAUGUAAUAGUUAUCAGUUUUUGUUUGAAAAAGGGAAAUUCCAAUUUUUUUAUAGUUAUGAUAGAUUGGAUAGUCCGUUUUUUAUUGUAUUUACUCAUAGGUUUGCAUUUAUUGUGAUGCUAAUUAUAUUGUGGCAAAGCUAAUAUCCAACCAUCUUUACUGAACCGGCUUGGUCAAUAAAGGAUUAAUUAAUGUUUUUUUUUUUUUAAUUAUAGCAAA